UUUGUGACGCGCAUGACAGCCGUUGUUAAACUCAGACGACAGUAAAUACCAAAGAAGCAGACGGUCCGUCAGCAAAUACAUGCAUCUGUCAGACACAGCAGAGGAGGUGUUCGCGGUUUAACAGCUCGCAGGGGGCUAUACGUGCCCAAACACGAUGUCUCACCAACAUUAAAUGGUGAAACAUUGAAAAUCCAGACAGUUUCACUCUUCCACCCAGAAGUCUCUUCAUCACCACCUUGGCACUUAACAUAUGUUUUUACAUGAAGAGGGGCGAGAAACCCGAGGGAUACAGACAAAUGCGACCCAAGACGUUCCCUGCGAGCAACUACAGUGGCAAUAGUCAACAAAUGCUGCAGGAGAUCCGAGAGAGCUUGCGGAACCUCUCCCGGCCGCCAGAUGCUCCCAAAACCGACGUGAGCGUCGGGAAGGGCCCGCCAGAUGAUCCCAGACAACAAGGGCGGAGCAACAACCCCAGGACCCCCCACCAUCACAGAGCACUGCAGGAGAUCCGCAGGUCACUCAUGCCAUUUGCUAAUGAAACUACCUCUAGCGGACACGCUGCAGAUAUCAACAGACACAUGCUGCAAGAGCUGCAGGAUGCUGGCUUUGAUGAGGUAAUGGACCUUUUCACCUAAAAUCUAAAUAAACAGGAUUGUUAAGAGGACUUGAAAAAAUCUUCUCCGGUUCCUGUUGUUGAUGUAUGGAUGCUUCCUCUAGGUCCAUCCCAAAUUCCACCGACAGUGUUGCGGCACCAAAGCUGGAAGGGUUCAAAGGAGUCUCUGGCCCCACAGCGACACAGUGCUCUAAUGACUGAUGGCAUGAUUUACCGUCCCAGUAGCCCUGGACCUCAAAGCGACCUCUCACGGCCUGCUACCUUUCCUCAAAAUCUUGCCGCUGCAGCCAGCGGUCAACGAGUGAAUCCUCCCCUCCCACGGCAGGUGCGUAGCAUCACUCCUCCUCCCUCCUCAUGGGACUCCAAUCCCUCAACCAAGCGGUAUUCUGGGAACCUGGAUUACUUGGUGCCUCGGCUCUCUCCUGUGCCUCAGGGGCCCCGUCCCGAUGGCUAUAUAAACCCUCCGUCCCAGGCACAGCGAGGGAUCAGUCCGGUACCUGUGGGUAGGCAACCCAUCAUCAUGCAAAGCUCCGGGGGCAACAAGUUUACCUUCCCUCCAUCCUGGCCCCAGAAUGGCAACAUCCAAAGCGAGUAUGUGGCCAUUAAUAGCAGUGGCCGCCAGCCACCACCACCUCCGUAUCCCAUGCACCAGACUAACAGACAGAGUCCCACGGCCCAGCAGAUGCAAUCCAGCGCUCUUGCUUCACCCUCAAACGGAGCCAACCUUCCCCCAAGCAUGCUGGUGCCCAACCGCAAUAGCCACAACCUUGAUUUGUACAACCUUGGGGUACUACCCCAGGUCAGACCUCCUGUGCAGCAGCCUCAGACUUCCCCCGGUCACAGCACCAAUCAGGACGUUCCUUCGUCAUGGCCCCACAGCGUUCCAGGGCGCUCCAACUCCUUCACCAAUGCCCAGCCCAGUGGACGUCAGUGCCCGUCUGUGCCCAGCUCUCAACCCUCCGGCACGACUGUCACCACCAUUACACAGGCCCCCAUUUUGCAGCCGGUAAAGAGUAUGCGAGUUCAGAAGCCAGAGCUGCACACGGCCGUGGCCCCUACACACCCACCAUGGAUGCAACAGCCUCCGUCCUCUGCUUAUCAAGAUCCGUCUGCUUCCACAGCUGCCCCCGAAGUCCCGAGCUACCAAGGCCCACCUCCACCUUACCCUAAACACCUGCUACAGCAGCAGCCUCCACCGGGGUACGACCCCAACCCCGGCGCAAAACCCAGCAACAAAGAGGAGGAUGGAGUGGACAACGACAAUGACACUGACAGCACCUGCUCCAGCGAGCGCACUGAGGGCUCCGAGGAGCGCGAGAAAAAACAGAUCACGACGUCUCCUGUGCCGGUGCGGCGUUGUAAACGCGACGAGGAGCGCAAGGGGGAAAGCGGAGUUCCCAUGUACUCCCCACAGGCUUUCAAGUUCUUCAUGGAGCAGCAUGUGGAGAACAUCCUGAAGAACCACCAGCAGAGGAUCCGAAGGAAGAAGCAGUUGGAGAGCGAGAUGCAGCGGGUGGGACUUUCAAAUGACGCUCAGGAGCAGAUGCACAUGAUGCUGUCCCAGAAAGAAUCCAACUACAUCCGCCUCAAGCGUGCCAAAAUGGACAAAUCCAUGUUCGAGAAGAUCAAGACUUUGGGAAUCGGGGCGUUUGGAGAAGUGUGUUUGGCUCGGAAAGUGGACACGGGAGCGCUGUAUGCCAUGAAGACCCUACGUAAAAAAGAUGUCCUGUUGCGGAACCAGGUGGCCCAUGUGAAAGCUGAGCGGGAUAUUCUUGCUGAAGCUGAUAAUGAGUGGGUCGUCCGGUUGUACUACUCGUUUCAGGAUAAAGAUAACUUGUAUUUUGUGAUGGACUACAUCCCUGGUGGGGACAUGAUGAGUCUUUUGAUCAGAAUGGGCAUUUUCCAAGAGGACUUGGCUCAGUUUUACAUCGCAGAGCUUACCUGUGCUGUGGAAAGCGUCCACAAAAUGGGUUUCAUCCAUCGAGACAUCAAACCUGACAACAUCCUAAUUGAUCGUGAUGGACACAUUAAACUGACAGACUUUGGACUGUGCACUGGCUUCCGAUGGACUCACGACUCCAAAUACUACCAAAGCGGUGAUCAUGUGCGUCAGGACAGUAUGGACUUCAGUAAGGAGUGGGAAGACAGUGCUAACUGUCGCUGUGGAGACCGAUUGAAGCCACUGGAGCGCAGAGCCGCUAGACAACAUCAGCGCUGCUUGGCACACUCAUUGGUGGGCACUCCCAAUUACAUCGCACCUGAGGUUCUGCUGCGCACAGGUUACACCCAGCUCUGUGAUUGGUGGAGUGUGGGUGUUAUCCUCUAUGAGAUGGUAGUCGGUCAGCCUCCUUUUCUGGCAACAAAUCCUCUUGAGACCCAGAUGAAGGUGAUAAACUGGCAGACAGCCCUACACAUCCCCCUGCAGGCCAGGCUGAGUCCGGAGGCCACCGACCUGAUCCUGAAGCUCUGCCGUGGCCCGGAAGACCGGCUUGGGAAAAACGGAGCCGAUGAGAUUAAAGCCCAUCCCUUCUUCAGAAGCAUCGACUUCUCCACAGACCUGCGGCAGCAACAGCAUGCGCCUUACAUCCCCAAAAUCACACACUGCACUGACACCUCCAACUUUGACCCCGUUGACCCCGACAAACUCUGGAGCGACGACGCUGACGGCAACCACAACGACACGCUCAACCGCUGGUUCAAGAACGGCAAGCACCCGGAGCACGCCUUCUACGAGUUCACCUUCCGCCGCUUCUUCGACGAUAACGGCCACCCGUACAGCUGUCCCAAGCCCAUCGAGUGCGAGGAUUAUGACGGGGAGGAGGAUGAGCCGGUCAAGCCGUCGAAGGGCUUAGGGCCAGAACAGGGGCGGGAUUUAGUCUAUGUUUAGUGUGAAUGCGUGUGUGGGGGAAACUAACCCAGAAAUCAAAAGAAACCAACCAGAAAUGAUAUUUUGCAUGAGCAUAAAUGUAAUGGAGGACCAUUCAUAUCAGCAUUGUGAUUAUUUUCAUGACAAGUUCAUUUCAAACCUCCAUUUCUCAUUGCUGUAAUGCAAACAAAUAUAUUUAAUAAUAACUGACAGUUAUACGAUACGUAUAUAUACAUACAAUAUAUGAUUACCGUUAACCAUUUAAAACAAUGAAAAUGACAAAUUCAGAAGGAAAACAUUUGAACGUAACAGGAAUUUUGAGGGAAAAUGUCUUUAAUUCUCAUGAACAUGGCAACAAUUUGAAAUUCUCUAAAAUGGACUUGAUUUUUAUUAUGCAAAAUAUAAUUUCUUCUUUUGAUUUAUGGGUAAUCGGGGCAUAUUUUCACGAUGUAGGAUGUGAGUGUGUUUUUAUGUUUGUUUUCUCUCCUCCAUCUGUGGUGGUGACCCUUUGUGCUGUAUUUAUUAUUUUUGGUUCAGGAUGCACUUGUCUGGUGCCUUUUAAACAACCAAGAAUCUAAUGAUGCAGUGGAGCUCUGUAUUUCUCUGUAAUUUAUUUAAAGACUCUUUUUUUUUUUUUUAUGGUAGCUGAAACAAGCGGAGUAUUUUCUUCCUGAAAUGAUGUCUUUAUUUAUGAUUGUGUGGAUUUGUUUCUCAUUCUGAGCGGCACAGGGCACUAGACUUCACACUUUCUUUCACCAAAACUAUGAGGGAGAUCAUCGUGUACGCUGGUAGAUUUAGCCGACUGUUCAUUAGGAGUUCCCAAGAAAAACACAUUGUAAAUUGUUGCUCUGUGUAUUUUUUAUUUAUACACACAGAAAUUGUAUAUAUAAGUUAUGCAGUGUAAAUGAGCCUAGUCCUUUACUCCCUUUUCUUAGUCUAGGGUUUAGGAAAGAAACCAUGGGCUAGAUUUCACAGGAUAAGAUGUCAAAACACUACAGAUCCUGAGCAAAACGCUUUUGAGAACCCCUGCUCUGGUUUCUCUCCUUGCUGUGUCACUACCAAAGCCUUCUGUUUUUCUGCAAGAAUGGUCUUGUUUUAGUAUUGUAUUUUUCUGAAAUCUCUCUAAUAUCCUGUGCAUCUCAUCAUGUAGUAUGGAAAUCCUUGAUUAAGCUGGUGGUCUUAUUCCCAGGAAAAGCAUCUGUAGCUACUUAGUGUAAGUUUGCCUUGAAUGGGAGAAAGGAUGGGGUGGUAAUAAAUAAAAGGCCUUAAGCACAAACCACA